AUGGCAAUUCUAGAUAUUGCCGCUGGCUUCGCCUGGGAGCUUGCCGCCUACACCUCCCUCGCUUGCUGGGUCGUCUAUGCAGUAUGCCUGGGCUUCUACAGGCUGUGGUACAGUCCCAUUGCCCACCUGCCAGGCCCCAAGCUUGCCGCGCUGACGCAGUAUUACGAAUUCUACUAUGACAUUGUUCUUGGGGGCCAGUAUACCUUUAGGAUUGUGGAGAUGCACAAGGAGUACGGCCCGGUUGUGAGGAUCAGUCCCUGGGAAGUCCAUGUUAGUGAUCAUGACUUUCAUUCUGAACUCUACGCAGGGCCGCACCGCCGUCGCCACAAGUGGUUGUUCUGGGCAAAGCAGUUUGGAGCACCUCUGGUCUGGCGACUCUUGACCACGACCAUCACCGACUCCGCCGUACCCCUUUGA